AUGGAAAACAAUGGAAGUUUUAAAGAGAAGUCCUUUUUCAAUGGAGUCUACUUUGGUGAAUUCAAGAGUAAAGUUUUCCAUGGCAAGGGAAAGUAUACAUGGUCGAAUGGAACAAUAUACGAGGGUGAUUGGGUUGAUGGAAAGAAAUCAGGAAAAGGACGGAUCAUAUGGCCGUGCCGGAAAAAGUUUAAGGGCGAAGUCUCUAAGAACGAUUGUCUUGGUAACGAAGCGGAGAAAAAUAGAUGUGUCUACAUUGGAAAUUGGAAAAACAAUAAAAAAGAUGGAAGAGGGACUGUGAAGUGGGCUUGCGGUGAUGUUUUAGAUGGUUGUUGGUCGAAUGGAGUGUUAAUGUCUGGAGUUUGUAGAUUUGCGAAUGGUGAUAUCUAUACGGGUGGCUUCAAGAAUAGCUUUUUUCAUGGAAAAGGAGAGAGCACAGGGUCGAAUGAUGUAAUAAUAUAUGAGGGUGAUUGGGUUAAUGGAAAAAUCACCGGAAAAGGAUUGCUGACAUGGCCGUCGGGAACAAAUUAUGAGGCGAAGUUCUCUAGGAGUUGUCCUCGUGGUAAUGGCACAUACACUUGGAAGGAUGGAAGUAUUUUCAAUGGAAAUUGGAAAGACAAUAAAAAAAGUGGAAAAGGGGUUAUGAAGUGGGCUAAUGGUGAUGUUUUUGAUGGUUCCUGGUCAAACGGGCUAAGACAUGGAUCGGGAGUUUAUAGAUUUGCAAACGGGGAUGUCUGCAUUGGUAAUUUCAAAAGCAAAUUUCUUCAUGGCAAAGGAAAAUACACAUCUUCAAAUGGAACCAUUUAUAAGGGCUAUUGGGAUGAUGGAACAAUGACGGAGAAAAUACCGGAUCUUGAGAAUCUUGUUGGAGAUUACAUGUUAUUGCAGAUUCCUAAUAAAGAUGAAUCCGAUGCUGGUUUGAGUUGUUUGGUUACCAAAGGGAAAAAUAUACAAGGAGUUCUGGUUGUUGAGAAAAUUGAGCAGUAUUCGGAAACAACCAAACUUAGUGUGAUGCAAGGAAAGAAGAAGAGUUCAACUAUAUCGACAUUUUUCAAGACCGUCAAAGCUAAGAUGGAGCGCAAUUUGCAAAUUCGCAUCAGAGAUGAUGAGACAAUGUGA